AUGGCCAUGUACGAGGUGCAGGAGCCGUGCUACUACUCCGUCCUCGAUGUGGACGUGGACGCAAGUCCAUCCGUGAUUGUCAAGGCGUAUCGCUCCAUGGCACUCAAAUACCACCCAGACAGGAAUCCAAACGCUGAACCGGAGCAGUUCCAAGCGAUUACCGAAGCUUACGAGGUGCUAUCCGACCCAGAGAAGCGGCGGCUGUACGACAACUACGGCCCGGCCCUCAAGCCUCGUCUGGGUGAGACUUUCGCCCAAUUGGCACCAUUGCUAUUAUCCUUCGCCACUGGCUUUGUCGGCUCCAGUGCACGCGCAUACAGCAGCUCGCUGAGUACACGAGCCAUGUUCGGUUGGGAGGUCUGUCUCAUGGGCGUCGCGGGUAUGUACUAUUGCUACCAACCCAGCGCAAAGGACAGCUCGUGUCUGUGUCCCGACUAUGUGACUAUCACGUCGAUGGGCCUGUUGAUGGGCAAUUUUACAGGCUGGGCAGCCACCUCGGUGGUGUUACUCUGCAAGUCAAUUGUGACAGGGAGCUAG